AUGUCCACCCAGCCAGAGAAGAAGACCGAUGUGGAAGCUGCUGCGGCAGCUGCCCCCGACAAUCUUGAGCCCAUUGAUUCGAUCAAAGCAGGCUUGUCUGAAAGUUAUGAGGACAAAACAAACAGAGAGUUCUAUGGCGCUUCCGUCACGGACUCGUAUCGCCUCAAGUCCGAGCUGGUGGGCAGGGCCAUGGAAGAGAUCGGCAUGGGAAAGUAUCAAUGGCAAAUUUUUGUCGUGACUGGCUGGUCCCAAGGCCUGCCGACAAUCCAACCCACGGUGAGACUAGAGUUUGAAGAUGUAACGAGGGUCAGCCUCUCCUCCGUUGCAUACUAUGUUGGCAUGAUCGUUGGUGCUUCUUUCUGGGGUAUCAGUGCCGACUUCAUCGGCAGAAAGCCAGCUUUCAACGCCACCUUGCUCAUUGGUGGUGUUUGUGCUUGCAUUGUCGCUGGCUUGAGCAACUUUGCCGGCUUCUGUGUGCUAUUCUUCCUCAUAGGUACCGCAGCUGGGGGGAAUGUGCCGGUCGAUUCAAUGAUCUUCCUUGAAUUCGUCCCCGGCAGUCACCAGUACCUCCUGACCGCCCUGUCCGGAUGGUGGAACUUUGGCCAAGUGAUUGUCAGUCUAUUGGGAUGGGUUUUUAUCGCCAAUUUCAACUGUCCGGCAGACGCGACCCCUGAGACGUGCUCACGCAGCGACAACAUGGGCUGGCGGUAUAUCAUGAUCACGCUUGGCGGUCUGGCACUGGUCUUUGCCAUUACCCGCAUCUUUUUCUUCAAGAUGCCUGAAUCGCCUCGGUAUCUGCUUUCCAAGGGCCGUGAUGCUGAGGCCGUUGAAGCUGUCAACUUCGUUGCUCGCCGCAAUGGCCAACCAGAGCCACUAUCCCUCGCUAUGCUGGUAUCAAUAGAUAUCAGUCUAGGACUACCACCCAACCCUCAUGCCGAAGGCCGGCCAGGUCUGUCUGCUCUGCAACGACUGAAGGAGAACCUGGCAGACUUCCACAUCUCCAACUACAAGGACCUAUUCGCGACCCGCAAGUUGGCUCAACACACCACCAUCAUCUGGGCCAUCUGGCUUAUCAUUGGUGUGGCUUAUCCCCUGUACUUCAACUUUCUGCCAACGUAUCUCGCUCAGCGAUUCACAAGUGCGAACUCUUUGGACUACACAUACCGCAUAUACUGCAUCACGUCUGCAGUCGGCGUGCUGGGCCCUAUCACAGCCUCGCUCCUGGUUCGAGAGCGCCACCUGGGAAGGAGAUACUCGAUGACGGUGUCUGCAAUCGUGGCUGGGAUCUUCUUGAUGGCUUACACGCGCGCGACAAGCGAAGCGAUGAACGUGGCUUUCAAUUGCGUGACAUCCGUGCUGGGAAAUCUAUUCUACGCCAUCAUGUAUUCCUUCACGCCGGAAAGCUUUCCCGCACCCUUGCGAGGCCUGGCGACUGGUCAAGCAGCUACGUUGUUGCGCACGGGAGGUCUAGCUGCCAGUUUGAUCGGGACGUAUACCAACUUCUCGGUCGUGCCGAUCUACGUCAGCGCUGCCAUGUGGAUUGCGGUGGGAGUCAUGUGCGUUGGGUUGCCGUUUGAGACACAAGGCCGUGGAGCAUUGUGA